UGACGACACCUCGGUCGGAAAAACGGUGGAUGUCCGUUUUUUUUGUUGUAAUCAUUCUUGUUUAUCCAUUGGGAAAUUAUUUUUUCCACUUUUUAUUUAGCGGCACAAUGGAGGACAACAGAUUUAUUCCUUUGUGCCUCGGCCUGCUUUUGCUUUUCCUUUUCCUCCGCCCCGUCAACGGAGACGUCAGCUACUCGAUCCCAGAGGAGCUAAAACGUGGAUCUGUCAUCGGCAAUAUUGCCACGGAUUUGGGACUAAAUCUGGGCCGGUUAUCUGCUCGGAAAGCGCGCAUUGAUCCAGAGGAUGACAACGUCCACCACUGCGGCAUCAACCUCAACACCGGGGACUUGAUCGUUCGGGAGAGGAUCGACAGGGAAGGUCUUUGUGGCAAAAAGGCGUCGUGUGUUUUGAAGCAGGAACUUGUGCUGGAGAACCCGUUGGAACUACAUCGGAUUAGUAUCCGUGUUGCCGAUAUUAAUGAUAAUUCACCACAUUUUAUUGAAGACUCAUUCAAAUUUGAAAUUCGAGAAUCAGCAGUUAAGGGUGCUCUUUUCCUUCUGGGAGAAGCACAUGAUGCAGACAUUGGAGAAAAUGCGGUCCAAGGCUACAAUUUACAGCAGAAUGACAAUUUUAAGUUAAAUGUCAAUCGAAAACCAGGUGGGCAAAAGUAUUGCGAAUUGGUCUUAGACAAGGAAUUGGACAGAGAAGAUAAAAAAGACAUGAUGCUGUUGCUGACCGCGUACGAUGGCGGCUCUCCUCCGAGAUCAGGAACAGUCGGCAUUCACGUCAUUGUGCUGGACGCCAAUGAUAAUGCACCAGUUUUCAGUCAGGCCGUUUAUAAAGCCACUUUACCUGAAAACUCUCCUCCAGAUACUUUGGUAACCACAGUCAGUGCCAGUGAUGCAGAUGAAGGAAUUAAUAGCGAAAUCAUAUUUGCAUUGCGCAUUUCUGACGAUGAUAGUAAACUCGUCUUUGCUUUGCACCCCAAAACUGGAGAAGUGAGAGUAGCUGGUGUCGUUGAUUACGAGAAAGUAUCAUUAUAUGAAAUGCAAAUCAGUGCGAAAGAUGGGCUUGGCUUAGUUUCUUAUUCCACUUUAAUCAUUGAUGUUACUGAUGUGAACGACAACGCCCCAGUUAUAAGCAUAAAGUCGCUGACCGAACCGGUGGCAGAGGACGCGCCGCCCGGCACCGAGAUGGGCAUCAUCCACGUGCAGGACCGAGACUCGGAGCAGAACGGAGAGGUCCGCUGCUCCAUCCAGCAAGACGUCCCCUUCAAGUUAGUUCCUUCCAUCAAGAACUAUUAUUCUCUGGUGACGAGCGGACAGCUGGACCGCGAACUAGUGUCCCAUUACAACAUCACAAUCGGCGCCAGCGACCGGGGCUCUCCUCCUCUGUCCUCCCGCAAAAGUUUGGGCCUGUCGGUGGCCGACAUCAACGACAACCCGCCCGUGUUCCAGCAAGAGUCCUACAGCGCCUACGUCAGCGAAAAUAACAAAGCCGGCUCGGCCUUGUGUCGGGUAAGCGCUCGAGACCCCGACUGGAGGCAGAACGGCACGGUGAUUUAUUCUCUGCUGGCGGGCGCGGAGGUGAACGGCGUCCCGGCGUCCUCCUACGUCGCGGUGGACGGAGACACGGGGGAGGUCCGCGCCGUGGGCUCCUUGGAUUACGAAGACUUGAGGAGUUUCCGAGUCCACGUGGUGGCCAGAGACAAGGGUUCUCCUCCGCUGAGCAGCAACGUGAGCGUCAGCGUGUGGAUACGGGACGUGAACGACAACUCUCCUCAGAUUCUGUACCCCGCCCCGGACGGCGACUCCUCGGUGACCGAGCUGGUCCCCAAAGCCGCCCAGGGGGGCUCGCUGGUGUCCAAAGUCAUCGCGGUGGACGCCGACUCCGGACAGAACGCCCGGCUGUCCUAUCAUAUCGUCAAGUCCACGGAUCCGGGACUUUUCACGGUGGGGCUCCACAGCGGAGAGAUCAGGACCCGGCGGGACAUUUCCGAAUCUGACGGCAUGAGACAGAACCUGAUGGUGGCGGUGAAAGAUAACGGGCAGCCCCCUCUCUCCGCCACCUGCUCGGUGUAUUUCCUCCUUUCCGACAACUUGUCCGAGCUGCCGCCGGAACUGAAGGACGUUUCUUCCCAGGAGCGUGAGAAGAAUUCCAAAGUCACCUUUUAUCUGCUGGUGGCGCUGGUGUCGGUGUCCACCUUCUUUCUGACCUUCAUGGUGGCGGUCCUGGCUGUGAGCUUUUGUCGCAGGAGAAAGCCCCGACUGUUGUUGGACGGAGCGCUCGCCGUCCCCGGCGCGUAUCUCCCUCCUAAUUACGCAGAUGUGGACGGCACGGCCACUUUACGCAGCGCCUACAACUACGACGCCUACUUGACGACGGGCUCCAGGACCAGCGACUUCAACUUUGUGCGUUCCUACGACGACGACGCGCUGCCCGCCGACCGGACCCUCACCAAGAAUCCUGGCAGCUUCGACGACGGGCUUUGCGAUUCCUUUGACCCUCUUGAGGUAGGAUCCUUAUGCCAGAUUUUCACGUUUGCGUUAUUUUGUCCUCACAUUUAUUAUUGAAGUGUAUCUUAUCCCCAUAUUUAGUCAUCACUGCAUAACUUCCUCAUGUCCUCAGUGGAGCUCUGCUCUGUGGUCAGAUCUGUCCUUGAGUGAUAUCGCGCGU